UACAUCGUUGUUACCGACUGAAGUGCGUCUCUUUGGAGCAGAUACCGGCUGAGAGAAACGCAGCAACAAGAGAAAGGAAUAAAUAUAAUCGAGCUCGUUUCUACUUGAGCUAUCUCAGAGCACCGCACACCCCCCCCCGGAAGAUUAAAUUUAACCCAAAAACUCAAUGCGGAAGCUGGGUUAAAAGAAGAAAGGGCCACGCUGGGGAAGGCAACUAGCUGAAAUACCAAACCGAGCUCGUUGUAGGAGCCUAGUUGCCUCCCAAGCGACGCUUUAAAAAAGGAAGGAGUGCAUACGUUCAGCCCAAACAGUGGUGAAAAUGGACUAUGAUUUCAAAGUGAAGCUCACCGGCGAAAGAGAACGUGUCGAGGACCUGUUUGAGUACGAAGGAUGCAAAGUGGGGAGAGGCACCUACGGUCAUGUAUACAAGGCGAAGAGAAAAGAUGGGAAGGAUGAUAAGGACUACGCCCUCAAACAGAUUGAAGGCACUGGCAUCUCCAUGUCAGCCUGCAGAGAGAUUGCACUGUUGCGGGAGCUGAAGCACCCCAAUGUCAUCUCACUACAGAAGGUUUUCCUGUCACAUGCUGAUCGUAAAGUAUGGCUGCUCUUUGACUACGCAGAACAUGAUCUCUGGCACAUUAUUAAGUUUCACAGGGCCUCCAAGGCCAAUAAGAAGCCACUUCAGCUGCCUAGAGGAAUGGUGAAGUCUUUGCUCUACCAGAUUCUGGAUGGCAUCCAUUACCUCCACGCCAACUGGGUCCUUCACAGAGAUCUUAAACCAGCUAACAUUUUAGUGAUGGGAGAAGGGCCUGAGAGGGGCAGAGUAAAGAUUGCGGAUAUGGGGUUUGCUCGUCUCUUCAAUUCACCACUGAAGCCUUUAGCCGAUCUCGACCCAGUUGUGGUCACUUUCUGGUACAGAGCACCGGAACUGCUGCUGGGGGCUCGGCACUACACCAAAGCCAUCGACAUCUGGGCGAUUGGCUGCAUUUUUGCCGAGCUGCUGACGUCUGAGCCCAUAUUCCACUGUCGCCAGGAAGACAUCAAGACCAGCAACCCCUAUCACCACGACCAACUGGACCGCAUCUUUAAUGUUAUGGGCUUCCCUGCUGAUAAAGACUGGGAGGACAUCAAAAAGAUGCCAGAGCACUCAACACUGAUGAAAGACUUUAGGAGGAACACAUACACAAACUGCAGCCUUAUAAAGUACAUGGAGAAACAUAAAGUUAAACCAGACAGUAAAGCAUUCCACUUGCUGCAAAAGCUAUUGACCAUGGACCCCAUCCGUAGAAUCACAUCUGAACAGGCAAUGCAGGACCCCUACUUUUUAGAGGAGCCCUUACCCACUUCUGAUGUGUUUGCAGGCUGUCAGAUUCCUUACCCCAAGAGAGAGUUCCUGACAGAGGAGGAGCCAGAGGACAAGGCAGACAAAAAAAACCAGCAGCAGCAACAGGGAAACAACCACACAAAUGGGGCAGGUCACACUGGCAACCCAGAUAACAGCCACGCCCAGGGCCCGCCUCUGAAGAAAGUGCGGGUUGUCCCACCUACCACUACCUCAGGUGGCCUCAUUAUGACCUCAGACUACCAGCGCUCUAAUCCACAUGCUGCCUACCAGAACCCUGGACCAAGCACAUCACUGCCCCAAAGCAGCAUGGGAUACUCCUCUACCUCCCAACAGCCGCCCCAGUACUCCCAUCAGACCCACCGCUACUGAAUCACCCCUCCACAACAAACAUACACACAUUUCUAGACAUGUGUACACACACAGCCCUCACUAUGCCCACUUGAACGAAUGUAUUGAGGGAUGUGGAGAUGUCCACGGCAACAAAACUUUCCACCAACCCCCCUGUCCCACCUCACAGAAGACACCUUCUCUGCAGCAGUACUUUAGACCAGACUGACAAAAGUCUGCACUUAUUUCAGAUAACACAGCACAAUCUGAGUAUUAGAAACACAGCAUAGAGCAAAGCCUGAUAGGUGAAACACAAGGUGGAAGGAUGGAAUGAAGGCAUUCAUGAUUAAAUCCAGUCUGCUUCUGUUUCUCAAGCAUAAUCAAACAGGCUAAGAAAAGAGAAGAUAUCAAGGUUUGAUGGACACAUGUUAAACUGUAGUGUCAUCUCCUCCCUUCCCUCUGCUUCACCUGUCACCUCCACCUACGCUCGACCCCAGCCAGCUCCCCUCUUCUUGUCAAAGCUUGGAUGAGACUGAAAGCUGCUAUGUGACUGCCGGCGUCGACAGAUUCCUAGUCCAUCUGUCCUCCUGUCCGUCUGUCUUUUAUUUUGUGUGUAGGGUCCUGUGAGGGCCUCAGCUGAGGAUUGAACUGAGUUGCUAUGAAGCAAACUGGGAGGAUGAGAAGCCCCUGCAGCUGUGGCUUGGAGGGUUUUUGUUAAGAGAGGAAAACAAAAAAAGAAAAAAAAAGAAAAAGACAAAAAAUAUUUUAGUAGUUUAUAAUUUAAUCUGUUUUUGUGGUUUUGUUUUCAUGGCAAGAGUGGCAUAGCAGCUUGCGUGAGAUGAGCAUUCAGCUGCUGUAUGCUAUGUGUAAGCCUUACAACAUGAUGACAAAACCAACCUAUCGCAUGGAGGACAGCAGAUGGAACAUGCAUUGUACUGUAUUCUAUUGAAAUAUUUUACAUGAAGCAAGUAUCCUGACAAUAAAAGUGGAAGCAUU